AUCGGCUGGGCGACCUUCCUCCUUUUCGGCAUCUUCGACAUCUUCAUCGCGUUGUUUACCGUCGCUGUACUCAAAGAGACGCGUGGGCUGUCGAUGGAGGAGGUGGACCGUUUAUACUUUUCUGGGAAGACGCCCGAGCGGUCGCCGUCGCCAUCCGUGUCAAAAGACUCGCUUGAGCGUGUCACGGAGUCGGAGGUGGGGAAGUAGGACAGUCCUGGAUGUAAGGAUCACAGGGAGGAUUGCUUUAGCACGAUUUCAACGACCGAACAUACCUACAUCAUCUGUUGUAUCAUUAGAAACUGCUCUCAAGACCUUGAAGACGAUAUCCUCGAUGUCUGCCCAGUCACAUGCAGUAUAUGAUUAGGGUGCUAUUCGGGUGCACAGCUUGGCGACCUCGAGCGAACAAAUAUUUGUUCCGUCGUCUUUCUCACGUCCGUGAUGCCGACGCUCACUGAUCUCGCCUUAUCUUUUGCGGUCAUCGUCCCCGUCGCCUUCUACGCCCACAGCAGGAUCCAGCUCCCAAAGAAAGCGCGCCGCGGCUAUGUGCUCUUCAACUCGGUCACCCAUGCGCGUCUUCUCCCUGCGGAGUCCUCGCACUCCUUCACCUACCCCACAAUCUCGCUCUUCGUCUCCCUGAACGCCCUCGAGGCGCACGAACUCGAUCUUGGGCCUGCUGGACUGCUGCUCGCCUACGGGAGGAGAUUCGGAACGCUCCUGGGUCUGCGAUCGAAGCCAUACCUUCGCGAGGGCGAUGCGGGCAUCCGCGACAAACUCGAUGCAUUAUUGCGCGAGAGGAGGAUACUCGUAGACGGCGAGAAGCUGAUCGAGGACGUCUGGAUGAUGACGAUGCCGAGCUUCAUGGGCUUCGAGGGGAUCAAUCCGCUCACGGUGUACUUCGUGUAUGCGCAUGGCAGUGGGGCGCUUUGGCUCGUAGUCUUGGAGAUCCACAACACCUUCGGAGAAGCACACGUCCACGUUCUGGAGUGCGGCGUGAAGGAAGACGUGCAAGCAAUUCCCUCUGGCUACAGCCACCAAUGGACCUUCCCCCGCGCAUUCCACGUCUCCCCCUUCAACUCUCGCGCCGGAUUCUACACCGUCUCCGUCAAAGCCCCCUCUCAUAUCCCCAUCCCAGCCUCCUCCCCACCUCGCCCCGCCAUCCGCGUCCAUCUCCACAAUCCCGAUUCCACGAAUCCAAACAAGCCCGGCGACCUCAAACUCACCGCCCUCCUCCGCGCAACCUCGUCCGAAGUGCUGUCCAGCGGCUCCCUUCUGCGUACCCUGGCCCGCGCACCUUUCGCACUGCUGCUCCCGAUGGCACGCAUCCUGUACCAGGCAUACAUCCUGCACUACGUCAAGCGACUCGACGUCUACAUCCGCCCAGAGCCGAUCUAUGGCGCCGGCGGGGUGCGCUGGCUGAAGGAAGGCUUCCUGGAGCGGCGUGCGCGCCUCGUCCUGGAGGAAUUCCUGCGGAAACGCGCAGAAGAGCUCGGCACCGCUGUUUCACUCGUCCCUGCAGAUCCAGAUGGCCGCACGGUGACAUUCUACCCGGAUAAUCAAGCUGGUGUGCCGAGUCAAGCUAACGCCCCCGGCUCGCACCUGGAAAUCCGCUACCUCACGCCGCGGUUCUUCAUGCUUAUGCUUGCUGCACCAUCCGCCGAACAUGCACUUCUCCUCGGCUAUGAGACAGACUGUGUCAUCAUUCCCUCGUCGAUCGACCUAUUCCUGCGUGUAUUCUCCUCACCGCUCGAAGUCUCGACGGGCUCGCUCUCCUCCGAGUCGCCUGCGGGAUUGCCCUCCUCCGGUUCACUUGCGGGUUCACUCUCCUCAGAACCUCCAGCGGAACCGCUUUCUUUUAGUCAAGAGAUACGCUUAGCUCCGCUGCCAGACUCGAUAACGCUGCCAAUCCCCGCGAAACAUUUCUCACAUCCAUAUGGCUCUUCAACCGUAAUCACGCUGCUUCAACUGUAUCUGGACGCUCUGGAACGGCGCAUAUUCUCGCUCGUCGGCGCACGCGUCGUACCGGGAGACGAGCCUUGGCUCCAGUGGGAGCGGGCAGCACGCGUCUACAAAGGCGGCAGGGUCGAGAGGCAGCGGGACGCCCUCGGCCUGGGGAGCGUCCGCUCCGAUCCCGCGAAGUGAAUAAACAUCUGGAACCGCAACUACUGUGCGCCUUUCCUAAGGGCCUGCCACUCUUCCUGCAAGAUCCCCAUGUCGAUCAUAUCGACCCAGUCGCCG